GAUAAAUAAUACACAAAAAACACGGUUUAUGAAUGAAAUAAUAUUGGUAUUUACUUAUCAGAACAGAAUUGGGCGUUAUAUUGCUUUAGAUUGUGAAAUGGUUCAAGUAGGACCAAGUGACAGGAAGGACAGAGUUUUAGCAAGAAUUAGCAUUGUCAAUUACUAUGGAAAUGUGAUUUUAGACACGUUUGUUAAGCCGAAGGAACGGGUGAUAGAUUACAAAACUUGGAUUAAUGGUAUUACUCGUUCUGAUCUAGAAAAUGCGCCUAGCUUUGAAGAGGUUCAGAAAAAGGUUUCAGAGAUAUUAAAAAAUAAAAUACUUAUUGGUCAUGCAAUAAAAAAUGAUCUUAAUGUACUUUUUUUAUCACAUCCAAGAAAAGACAUUAGGGAUACAAGUAGAUUUAAGCCAUUUAAAGCAUAUUCUAAGGGAAGAACACCAUCAUUGAAAAAAUUGGCUAAAGAAAUCUUAAACAUAACUAUUCAAGAUAAGACACAUUCUUCGGUUGUUGAAGAUGCAAAAGUAGCAAUGCUUCUUUAUAGAAAAUACAAAUCUGAAAUGGAUCGUGUAUCAUUUCUCAUUCAUUAA